GCCGCGCGGGGCGCGGGGCCGUCGGGCGCCGCGGGGCCGCGGGGGCGGUGGCGGCGGCGGGGCGGGGGGCGGGGCGGCCCCCCCCGCGGCGGCGGCAGGUGGGAGCGCCCGCGCGGGCGAGGUGGGGCCGGUGCGCCGCGGGUUUGACGUGUGCGAGUGCACAUGGUGCGGCGGCGGCGGCGGCGGGGCCGGGCCGGAUAAUAAGCGCGCGGGGUUGACGCGGUGCCAUUGCUCUGAGUCACCGCGGGCGCGCGGAGCCGGGCCGGGCCGAGCCGAGCCGAGCCGAGCCGAGCCGAGCCGAGCCGGGCGGGCACCCGCGGGCGCGCAGCGGAGCCGCACCGCACCGCACCGCGCCGCGCCGGCGCGGGAGGGCAGCGGCACUUCUGUGCGGGGCGCCGGGGGCGGGGAGCCGCUCCGCUCCGCGGCACCGUGCCGGGAGGCGCGCAGGGAGCGCGGCUGCGGGAUUGUGUGCGCCCCGCUGCGCCCGCCGCCGCCCUGCGCGGGCCGGGCAGCCCCUUCCCCGCCGCGGGGUUCCGCCGUCGCCUGAGCCUUUUUUAACGUCUUUUUUUAUUUUAUUUUUUUUUCCGCCCGAAGCUUUUUUUAUUCUUUUCUUUUCUUCCGCCCCUCGGCGAGCCCCGGGAAGGCGAGCGGCGGAGAAUAAAAGGCCGGGCGGGAGAAAGGGGCGGGGAGACGACGAGGGAGCGAGCGGGUGUCGGUGCGGGAAGGCGGGCGCCCCGUCUCCCCGGCCCCGCGGCGGACCAUGUACCAGGACUACCCCGGCAACUUCGACACCUCCUCCAGAGGCAGCAGCGGCUCCCCGGGACACCCCGAGACCUACCCCAGCGGCGCCGCGCAGCAGAAAUUUCGAGUAGAUAUGCCAGGAUCAGGCAGUGCUUUUAUCCCUACAAUCAACGCCAUCACGACCAGCCAAGACCUGCAGUGGAUGGUCCAGCCCACAGUCAUCACCUCCAUGUCAAGUCCAUAUUCUCGCUCACAUCCCUACAGCCAUCCGCUGCCCCCGCUGUCUUCGGUGGCCGGACACACAGCCCUUCAGCGGCCUGGCGUGAUUAAAACGAUUGGGACCACAGUGGGCAGAAGACGAAGAGAUGAGCAGCUGUCGCCCGAGGAAGAAGAGAAGCGAAGGAUCCGGAGAGAGAGGAACAAGCUGGCAGCUGCUAAGUGUCGUAACAGGCGUCGAGAGCUAACAGAGAAACUCCAGGCGGAAACUGAAGUGCUGGAGGAGGAGAAGUCAGUGCUACAAAAGGAGAUUGCUGAGCUCCAGAAGGAGAAGGAGAAACUGGAGUUCAUGCUGGUGGCUCACAGCCCUGUGUGCAAAAUCAGCCCUGAGGACCGCCGGAGCCCGCCGUCCAGCAGCCUCCAGAGCGUUCGGACUGGAGCAAGCGGAGCAGUGGUGGUGAAGCAGGAGCCUGUGGAGGAAGAGAUCCCAUCUUCCUCUUUGGUCCUUGACAAAGCCCAGAGGUCUGUCAUUAAGCCCAUCAGCAUUGCUGGAGGUUUUUAUGGGGAGGAGGCACUCAACACUCCCAUUGUGGUGACGUCAACACCAGCCAUCACUCCUGGCUCCUCCAACUUGGUGUUCACCUACCCCAAUGUGUUGGAUCAGGAGUCUCCUCUCUCCCCAUCCGAGUCCUGCUCCAAAGCUCACCGGAGGAGCAGCAGCAGUGGUGACCAGUCCUCGGAUUCCUUGAACUCUCCCACCUUGCUGGCAUUGUAAUCCCCCCGUGGCCCCCCGUUGCCAGUGUGUUACAUCCCCACCCAGCACCAUGGAGGAAGCCCCCCUCCAUGGUGUUAGAGACAGGCACAGGAUCGUUCAAGCACAAGGGCAGCAAGAACAAGGAUGGGGAAGUGCCGCAGCUCCAGGAAGGAGAGCGAGGACCAACGCCAGCUCCCUGGAGGCAGGAAACGGCAAGGGUGGGACUGACGUGCCAGGACUGUUUGGAGAGGAUGAUCUCCCCUCUGUAGGGACUGCCUAUGGAAACCUCUUCAUGGCCGUAGUGGACUUAGGAAACACUCUUGACCAGGACUGAAAGCGAGCUGGAGACAGUCGCUAGUUGUCCCUUUCCUUUGUGAAUUGAUCUGAUCGGUUAUGCUCUGUGCUUAGAUCAAUCUGGUUAGUUAAUUUUACUACACCUCUUUCUUUCCUUGCCUUUCUCUCUCUCUCUCUCUCUCUCUCUCUCUCUCUCUCUCUCUCUCUCUCUCUCUCUCUUUUGUGCGCACUCUCUCUCUCCCUCUCUAUCAUUUCCAAUGUUGUUGAUCCCAUGACAUUUCAUCCAGUCUCUCUGAACUCUAAAGGUUUGUUAGGAUCUAUCCUCCUGGGAAGGGCUGUGGGGAAACAGGCGGAGUUGUCAAGGCAGGAGCAGGAUGGCCGGGAGGGAAGUGGGUGUCUGAGAGCAGCACAAGGGCUCAGCAACAAGGGCACAGCUUGUAAUUCAGCGGCCUGUGGCACAGACAUAGUGAGCAGAGACAGCAGGAGACUCAUGUGGCAUAGGGAAGUUUUUUUUUUUUUUUUUAAAUUAAGUAGAUAUAUUUAUCCUCCUGGUCUCCUCAAAACCCAAGUUAACAUCUCAGGGCCAGAGUAGCAUCAGAAGAGCUGCUGGGGUGGCAUUAUCAGUGUGUUUGGCAGGGUCUUACCGCCAUUUGGUAGAUACCAAAUCUGCUGCUGGCCUCCUUUGUUUACUUUUCCUGAGCUGCCUGCAGUCUAGGGAGUAUUACACCUUCCUCGCAUCAUGGCUCCUGACUCAGAUGCUGAACUCUUCCUAUUAACUCUUCCUCUCCUCCCCUUGGCUGUCUUUGCGGAGUGUGCCACUGAAAAAGAGGUGGCACCAUAUGCCUAUAAAUCUAGGAUGGAGAGUGGUAGUGGAUAAGAGGGGGAAAGUAUCUGGCUGUCCCCUCAGUGGCUUUUUCUUUGGCGAGCAAAGCAGCACACAUCCCUGCAGUUGAUACUAGCAGGUGUUUGCUCAGAGAUUCCCAGCUCCUGAGGUCAGGAGAAAGGUGAUGGUGUAACCUCAGGUACAACACAGGCCACAAGGCGCUUCUGACCAGGCAUUGAGUACUCCAAGCAAUGACCUGUUUAAAUUACAGCAGAGCUUUUGGCAAUCUCUGGCUGUGAUUGACAAAUUGACAUUGGAAGAAAAUUGAUUACCAUUAUUUGCACCUCUGUCUUUGGCCUCUGUUUUUGUUUUGUUUUGUUUUUUUUUUUUGCAAUGUAAUUGAUAAGGUUUUUUUGGGGUUGAUUGGCUUGAAGACCAGAAACAAAUCAGAGAGCUCUGCCCCUAGCCCUGGGUCCUUGUCUCCUCCAACCCAUGGUCUUGGCUGCUAGUUCCAAGGACACCAGAGGGCACAAGCUGAUGCUCUAAGGCAUCUCUAAUGCUGAUGUUCACUACUGAAAACAGCAGUUUGCUUAACCUAUUCCUGCUUGGACCCAAGCUCAGUUCCUGUUGAUGUCGAGGCACUGACAAGCUGUGGCUGUGUGCACACUAAGAUUGCCCAGCUUGUCAGCUGCUUAGGAGGUAGCUUUUUGGUCCAGCCUGUUGAAGCUGUGGUGGCAGCUAUUUAUUUUGAUGUGGGAUUUUUUUAAUAAUAAUUCUUGGUUAGGCUGGACCUGGAGAAAUGCAGUAUGCAGUGGUAGGGGCAGUCCUGAGAGAUGACUGUUCUUGCAGCUCCCACUGACUCCACAGGGAAUUAAUGGAGUUUAGUCUUGUGGAACCAGACCUUUACUCAGCAGGGCUGGAUUCCCUCCAACCUUGGCCACCGCCCCAUUCCUCAAAUCAUUUCAAAGGGACACUACUUUGGCUCUAAAGGUAGACUUUGCUUUUUUUUUUUUUUUUUUUGCUUUUUUUUUUCUUCCCUUCUCCCCCUCCUGCCCUGAUAUUUACUGAACUUGCCAGAAAUAGAAAGAGAUGAGUGAUAUUUUUCCUUUGUAAAACUGUCAGUGAUUCAGGCUUUUUCUUUGUUGUUUAAACAUUUCCAUCAUUAUACCAAUACUAGAGUUCUGAAACUGAGCUUACGCAACAGGUAAAGCUGAUAAGGGAGUUCUUUUGUCCUUACAUGAACAUCAAGACUUCCUUUUUAAUAAAGUAGAUAUUAAACUUUUGGUAGUUAGCACAGCUGAUCUUGUUUUCGUGCAGUUUUAUGUAGAUGAUGUCAGUUCAGGAGAAACUGCUGCUUCUGUAAUUGUCUCCAUUUUGCCAGAUGCUUGUUUGGGUCAAUCUGGAUUUGGAAUUUAAGGCUAUUCAAUAAAAUGUCCCUACAUGUCAUUUCCACCUAUUGGGCAGAAUGUAACAUUGGCAAGUGGUGAAUCCUAAAGUGAGGCAGCUACUUGGAGGCCAGCUGACCACAGGGAUCCUGUUCUUGCGAGAGAUCCCUGGAAUUGAGGCUCAGCUGACAUAUCUGGAGCAUUCCUACUGCAGAGUUUGGAGAGUCAGAUGCCUCCUCAAAUCUGAGUUAACAUGAGUCAUAGCAGGACAACAAAAACCUCUUCUUAAGUCUUGCUGGUCCUUAGUUAAAAAUGUGAUGUUUUUAACGUAGUGACUUGUCCCCUUUUCAGUUGCAGUUCAGUUACAUUGACCACCUCAUCAGCUGCGUAUCUCUCUCCUAGGCAAACAAGCAUUUUUAGCAGUGUAAGGCAAGUUUCUUGGAAAGGAAAAGGUUUAUCUAGUUCUGGUGAGUAGGCAGAUGGCAAAAUCCAAUUGCAUUUCUGAAAAAAUCCUUAGGUGUGGCCUUCGCUGCACUCAAACCCCACUGCUGCCAGCCUGCAAAAGCCAUCCCAGAAAUCUGAGAUGUUUAUUUUCAUAUUUGGCACAGUCCUUUGUGAUAACUCCAAAUUGCUCUCAACAAGUUAAGUUUUGUUUAGUUUUUUUAACCAAGUAUGAAGUCCUCAGCUUAGCAAGAUUUUAAAUGUGGGGCCUUGUCUCUCAUUUGUACCAGGGAGUCCCCUCUCCUCAUCUCUAUGGGAGAGGCAUACAGCCCGAGGAAAUACGUGAUUCUACCUUUACUUUUGUUUCACUGAAUUAUUGCCUCAAGGAGCUGCAGCUGGCUCCUGCCCACUGACUUGUCACUGAUCAUCUUGGAGAUGAGACAGAAGCGUCCCCUUUCCUGCCUUGUGAUACUGAGGGGAACAAUUUGAAGCUGCACAUGAAAGGUGAUCAUUAUCUGCAAGAACCCGAGUACCCUGUGCCUGCCUGUCUUGUCCCUUAGUCCUUUCAGGGGAUUUCUGUGUUGGAAUCGCUGGUCUCCUGCCUUCUGUGUUUUGUGGAUCAGCAUUACCUUUUUUUAGUUUCCAGAAGGCAGGUAUAGCUUGAAAUGUCCAGCUGUUUUGGUCUGGCCCUGGAUUCUUUUUCCCAAGUUUACUGAUGUGCUUUUGGGAAUUGACGGUCUUCCGCAUCCCACAGGUGGUAUUUUCCAUGAGUACCUACCCUGAUGAUUCCUAAAUGUACGGUGUCUCCAUGUUCUGCAUGCAAUAGGCGUGCGGGCGCUAUUAGAACUAGCGUUUGACCAGAAGCUGUUGAAGUCAAGAGAAAAAUGCCCAGGGAAUUUCAGCUGGUAUUGGAUCAACCCCCUACUGACUGGCCCAAUGAAGCAUCUAAUAACAGAAAUAAUAAUAAAUUGAUCAAUGCCCAACUGGGAGGAGCAGUAGCAGCCACACUGAAGGAAACACUCAGCUUCCAGGUGAUGUUUGCCAUUCCAGUUUUACCCUCCUUCCCCCUUCCCAGGUCUGGCAUUGCCUUCAUCCAUUCCUUUCCUGCAGGUGUGGAGACUGGGUAAGUCUCAAACUGCUUGUGGUGUGAUGGGAUUUGGGACCAACAUGCUGGGGACAGUAGCUCUCUGUUGUGCUUUUAUAAUUAUUAUUUAAAUAAUCUAUUUAGUUCAUCUGAACCUUUAAUUUUGCUGCUUACUGUAUGUAGGAUCCACCUGGCCUUCAUCCUAAAUGAAAAAAACAAAAGGAAAACAAACCUAAGGCAUUCCCCCAGUAUCUUAUUUAUUGGCAGGUAGUCAUUUUGUGCGUGCUUCAGCAGAUCUGCCCGCCAUUAAUUUAACAUCCUCCCAACUCACAUUCCUAGUUUUUGGGGGUUGUUUUUUGCUUUUUGUUGUUGAUUUUUUUUCGAUUCUGAAACAGACUUUUGAAAUGUUAAGAAGUUUUAUUAUUAUGAAACUUACAAGUUCAUUUUCAUUAGGAAGGCCAAGUCAAACAUUUUAAGAGGUGGGGGGAACAAUCUACAUUUUAUUUCUUAUUUAUUUAUCAUGUUUACAUCUUUUUUUCUGUUCAAGACUUGGAUAUAAUAAAGAAAGCAUUAAAAAUACUCCAAUCUUCUUCUUUUUUUAGGCUAAUAAUUUUUUUUCAAUUCUUUAAAUAAAAGAUUCUGGGUUUUGUUGUUGUCUGUAUAAAAUGUAUAAAGAGAUAUGUUUCUAAAGAUGCAUUAUCAUUCCUCUGUGAACAGUAGGUGGAGUUGAGGACAAAUCUCAGAAUACAAGAUAAUAAUAAAAUCCCAUCCUGUUUUACUUAAUUGUUCCCCUGCUAUCCUGUAUGAUUAAAGGGUUAUUCCACUUUCUUGUUUGUGGUUACUUGAUAUUAAAACCAUAUUAAGAUGUGUAGAAAAUAGAUAUCCAGUUGUUUUUGCUCAGUGAGAGGAUAAAAUGUUGUAUAUAUAUUGAUAUACUGUGUAGUUCAAAGUAACAUCAAUAAGGGGUAGUGCAUCUUUAUUAGAGCGAUAAGUUACUAGUGUCACUAAAGUCUACUUUAAGAUCCUCAGAUAUAAAAAGGGCCUGAUUCUGAUUCCACUUUCUUGUGGAUAAAUUGAGAGCAUCAAGUGUUUCACUGCCGCAAAGCAGGUGUCAGAGGUGGAAUCAAGCCUCAGUGAUCAAUGUGCAACCAUGAGGAUUAUUGAAGGUUUGGGGGCACCAUUGUCUUAUUUUCCUCAGAAGUUUUAGAUCAUGGUUUUUCAUUUUUGUCUGUGGUGAAAUAGUUUCUGCCAAGGAGGUUCUUAAAGGUGACUGUUGAAUUGAGACCCUUCUUUGCUCGUUGUGAUCUUUAUAUAGUUCUUGCAGUCCUGGAGGAUCUCAGCUCUGAGGCAUUCUCUCUGGUAUCGUCUCUUUUCUGAUCUUGUUAUUUUACUGUAAUACAGGCCUACAGUAUUUGCACUAAAACAAAAAGCUUGUUAGAGAAAGCUUGCUGCUAUGAAAGAAAGAACAUAUUAAAAUGGUUUUGCUUUUACAAUUUUGACUGAGUAGCAUUUUGUAGAAUAAAAUCAAUUUAGAUUGAAAAGAAGAAUGACUUUUCUUUUUUCCUCCGCACCCCCCCCCCCCCCAGUCCUCCUUUCUUCUCCUUCCAUUCCUUGGUGGUGUAAUGUUUUCCGCCCCCCUCUCUCCUUUGGUGCUCAGUUGUAAUGAUUGGCUGUAUUGUUGACUAUGCUGCUGAGAGUUAUGACACUUGUAAAUCCUGUUUUAAUGACAUUGUGGACACACUUUUGUAUAGCAAGAGCUAACUGGAGUUCUUCUCUCUUUGUUAAUUGAAGUCAUUAAAAAGCUCCCUUUGCCAUGAACAAUUAAAA